UAGGGUAGGAGGCCCUCGGGGACCGUCCCUGGUGCUGGAGGGACCCUGUUCACCCGGUUCGGGGCUCCCGCAGGCGCUUCCUGCUCGGGGGGUGGAAGCCAGGCAGCCCUUGCUGGUGCUUUCCCAUGUGUCUGCGUCCUGGGUGGGUGCCGGGUCCUGUCCCCACGGUGCCCACAUGGCCCUGUCCCUGUUUGUCCUGGGCCCCGUGGUGCCUGGGUGCCCCCUCUGGGUGCCCCCCGCCCUCCCCGGUGGCCCUGUGCCAUCCUCCCCCUCCCCCCCCCCCACAAUCCCUGUUCACCCUGCGUGAUCUUGUCACCAUGGUCCCUGUCCCUGCCGUCCCCUUUUGCUCUAUCCCCAUGGUCCCCCUGUGCCCUGUCCCCAUUUGCCCCAUCCCUACAGUCCCCAUUUGCCACCAUCCCUGAGGUCGGUCCCCAUGUGCCCUAUAUAUUCCUGUGUAUGCUGUGCCCACAGUCUCCACGUGCCCUAUAUAGCCCUGUCCUCCUGCGCCCUGUCCCCACAUGCCAUCAUCCCCAUGUGCCCUGUAUGUCCCUGUCCCCCUGAGCCCUGUCCUCAUAUGCCACAUCCCUGCAGUCCCUGUUCUCCCCUGGCCCCAUGGUCCCCAUGUGUCCAGUCCCUAUAUGCCCCAUGUGCUCUGGGUCCACGGUCCCCACAUGCCUGACACGACCCAAUCCCUGCGUGCCCUGUCCCCACGAUGCCCAUGCACCCCACUCGGCCCUGUCCCCACUCACCCUCCCCCCAGGCCAGGCUGGAGCAGUGUCAGCAGGAAGCCGAGGAGGUGGCCCAGAUCAUGAAGGAGAACUUCACCAAGGUGCUGGAGCGUGAGGGCAAGCUCAGCGACCUGGAUGAUCGGGCCGAGGAGCUGCGCAGCAUGGGCCAGGAGUUCACGCGGACGAGCCGAGCAGUGGUGCAGAAGCAGCGGGCCAAGCAGCGACGCUGGCGCCUGGUGCUGGUGGGGCUGGCCGUCGGCCUUGCCGUCAUCAUUCUCAUCGUGGUGCUGGCACUGUGGCUGGGUGGCACCAGCACCGCCCCUCCUGUGCCACCCUCUGUCACCCGUGCCAGCUCCGGUGGGGACUGAGUACCCCAGCCCACCUCCACCAGUGCCUUCGGAGACCCUACAAUAACAUCACCAGGAUCUCCUUCAAGGACACCCUGCAAUAACAAGCCAUCGGGACCCACUUUGGGGAGACCCUACAAUAACAAACCAGCAGGUUCUGCUCCAGGGAGACCCUACAAUAACAAACCAGCAGGAUCCACUCUGGAAACACCUUACAAUAACAAGCCACCUAGCCCGGCUUCAGGUAGACCCUACGAUAACAAGCCACCAGGAUCUGCUUUGGGGAGACCUUCUAGGAACAAGCCAGUGGGACCUGCUUCGAGGAGACCCUACAAUAACAAACCAGUGGGACCUGCUCCAGAGAGAGACGAUGAUACCAACCCACCAGGCCCUGCUUUGGGGAGACCCUACGAUAACAGAGCACCACAGGCAGUGGUGGCCCUGGCCUAGGGGCACUGCCUGGACAGGGGGAAUCGCCCUCUGCCAGCUUCCCCUUGGGUGCCCCAGGGACCCAGGUGUCCGGUGGCAGGGCCUGCUCCCCGGGAUGCCACCCACUUCCAGUCCCAUCCUCCUGCCUGGAGAGGAGCAUGGAAGGACCCUGGGGUGCUGCAGCCCUGUGCCACCUACCUGCACCUUGGGGUGGCUGGGUAUUGCCCAGGCGCAGGGUGCCCAUGCCCCCUGGGGCACAGCAUCCCCUGGGCACCCAUGGGCGAGCAUCACCCAGGCACAGCAUCGCCUGGGCACCCGUGGCACAGCCUGGCACCCUUCCCUGAGCAGGCAGCGGUGCCGUGACCGUCUCCACUGUGAGUCUCUUUAUAGCCGCUACUGAGAUAAAAAAACAAAAAACAAACAAAAACACCUAAAAA